GAUUAUCUUUAACUAUUUGCUACUUUUUAUUUUUCAUCAGAUUUUUUCUUAUUCUGCUGUUUAAAGUUGUUACGUAGUUAUCAUGAAGGGUAAAGGUAAGGCUAAUGAUGAGAAGGUCAAGCAAUUUAGGUGGUCUAAGCCUAUGGAACGUGUUCUACUUGAAAUUCUUGCCGAUGAAGCUAGUAAAGGAAACAAGCCUUCGAGCAUUUUCAAACCAUCUUCAAUUGCUCGAGUUGUUGAUACAAUAAAUGAGAGAUUCGGGGGUGGUUGUGAACCCGACCACGUCGAGAACCAUUUGAAGACUGUCAAAAGCAAUUGGAAGACGAUUCAAAGUGUACGUGGCAAGAGUGGAUUCAAUUGGGAUGACAAGUUGAAGAUGGUCAUAGCUGGGAAAAAUGAAUUUGAUCAAUAUGUGACGGUUCAUCCUACUCAUGAAAAAUAUCUAAACAAGAUGAUUGAUAUGUAUGAGGAGAUGGCACUAGUGGUUGGGAGAGAUAUGGCCACCGGAAGCUUUGCUAAGCAGUUCAAAGAUAUUGAUGUAACAAAAGUUGACUCCUCUCCUGUUGAUUUAGGCGAUGAUUUCGAUGAGUUGAUGAAGGGGUCAAAAACAUCUUCAUCUACCGUGCCUUCGGAAAAGAGAUCUCACAAAAGACGAAGAUGUUCCGACAUGGAUGAUAAGUAUGCUACACUCUCAACACAAAUUGGAGAGAUGGCAUCGGCAAUGAAGUCAUUAAAUCAAACCGCUGCCCAAUACCAUAAAAUCUCCAAUGAGGUGAUGAAAGCUGAAUACUCUAAACUCUACAAUGAGGUGAUGAAAGUGGAUGGACAUGAUGAACUUACCCUUGGAUCGGUAUUUGACUAUCUAGUAGAUAAUGAAAAAAUUGCAAAUGCAUUCAUGGUGAAAAAUGCGAAUCUUCAGAAAGCGUGGAUUGACAAAUUUGUAAGCAAUGGAGGACACAAGUAG